AUGGUGUGGGCGUGGCAAGAGUGGCUCUCGCCGCGACCGAAGCAGCGCACCAUAACAACUACGCAAACGGCCUUUCCUCACCUUGGUGAUGCUGCACUGUAUGAGCCACUCUCAAAGCCCAACGGCCUUUGGGUCAUCAGAGAGACGCACUACAUUAAAGAUCCGAUCGUCAAGGCCGGACUAUCUGGACCUCCAAUACAUCUACAUCUUACACAAGACGAAUUCUUCAAGAUCGAGCAGGGUGUAUUAGGUGCAGUCAAGGACGGGGUAGAAUACGCCGUCACUAAGGAUGACGGUGUCUUCUGCAUACCCAAAGGCACGCGCCAUCGAUUCUGGUCUCACAAAUCGGGUACCGAAGACCUCGUCUUCACCGUCUGGCUAGAUCCCUGCACAGAAACUGACCAUCUUUUUGACGUGAACAUCCUGCGCAAUCUUACAGGCUACAUGAACGAUUGCAAGAAGCUUGGCGUAGCGUUAUCGCCUUGGCAACUCCUUCUGUUCUUUGAAGAUGCUUCCUCGAUCUUGAUCCCGCCGGCGCUGAGUUGGAUGCCGAACUCGAUGCUCACUUGGGUGCACCACGGGCUUGCAUGGUACGCAGAGAGUGUGUUGGGUUACAAGAGGACAUACCGUGAGUAUGUUAAAGAGUCGUAA